AUGCAGCAGAAUGGCUCGAGCGGCUCCAUCGGCUCUGACGGCGAGGAGCGGCAGGCUCGGUCCUUCAGCCCGCUGCCCGCCGCCACUACGCGGGUGAGGCGCUUCAUUCAGGAGCGACAGAGGACCCCGCUGCCCAAAGUGAUGGUGGUGUUCUCGGCCGCUGGCGACGCGGACAAACCGAGCGAUGCCAUGUCCAGCUCGGACCCAACAGAGGAGGGCGACGGCGUCCGCAAGCCGCCGGCCUCCCCGUCCCCGAAGCACCGCGCGCCGAGUAAGCCGCUCCGCGCCGCGCUGACCGCCACGGAGCCGCAGGAGUUUCCAGAGGUGAUCUCCCUGAACGUGGGCGGAACGCUCUUCACCACGCGCCUGUCCACGCUGCGCCGCUAUGACGACACCAUGCUGGCCGCCAUGUUCAGCGGCCGCCACUACAUCCCGCGGGACGCCGAGGGCCGCUACUUCAUCGACCGGGACGGCGCUUACUUUGGGGACAUCCUGAACUUCCUGCGGGAAGGCGAGCUGCCGCAGCGGGACCGGGUCCGGUCUGUCCACCAGGAGGCGCAGUACUACGCCAUCGGGCCGCUGCUGGACCGGCUGGAGGAGACGCAGCCUCUGACCGGGGAGAAGGUCCGGCAGGCCUUCCUCGACCUGCUGCCCUACUACAGAGACAAUCUGGAGCGCAUCGUGGAGAUCGCCAAGCUGCCGAUGCAGAAGAAGGCGCGCUUCGCCAAGCUCAAGGUGUGCGUCUACAAGGAGGAGACGCCCAUCACGCCGUACGAGCGGCCGCUCUUCAACUCGCUGCGCUUCGAGCGCGCCGACGGCGACGCCAAGCUGUUCGAGCACCACUGCGACGUGGACGUGUCGUUCGGGCCGUGGGAGGCCGUGGCCGACGUCUACGACCUGCUGCACUGCAUCGUGGGCGACCUGGCGCGGCGCGGCAUCGCCGCAGAGCAGCAGUGCAUCGGCGUCUGCGACAAGCACCUCAUCAACCACUACUACUGCAAGAGGCCCAUCUACGAGUUCAAGAUCACCUGGUGGUGAAAGGUGGAGCGGAACCAGAACCAGGACCAGAACCUGGAC